AAACCCUAGAAGAAGAAGAAGAAGAACGAUACAAGCUCCGAAACAGUGGUUCAUUGCAAAACUUUUCGAGUCUGAUGCAAGCAUCGAAGCUUCGGUGUCAGACGUAACAUCACUAAGUAUAACUACAGUAUGGCUUAGCUUUAUUUAAAAACAUUUUGUGGUUAUGGAGUUGCUCGUGGUGUACGUGAAGUGGAUUUUUAAAAUCUUCAAUGCGUUUGGAUUGUUUGAGCACUUUCUUCCUGCUUAUUGUGAACGACACUACCUCCAAUAUGUUUACACCGUUACCUCAUCUGGUCCUUUGUACAGUGCUGUGGGAGUGUGUGAUGAUAUGCAGAUAUCUCACUACUGUAAUGAAAAACACAUCUGGAUAAGAGACACUGAUCUGAGUGCAGAUGAUUGGAGGUCUGGUCCUCUAGAGCCACCUGAGUCGAGAGAUUGGUUUCUAAAUCUUCUCUAUACUCUGGCAAACUGUACAAACUCCAAGUGUCCAGAGCUUCACACAUUACAGAGGAGAAUUGGCUGUGAGGUGAUGAAGUCUUCCAGUGGAAAAGUCAAAAGUCAGACGGCCUAUGAUGAAUAUCGAUUUGAUGGAGUGGAGUUCAUUUACUUGAAUUUUAAUACAAUGCAAUGGAUGGCAAACAGUCUUAGUGCAAAAGAAAUCAAAAACCAGUGGGACAUGAAUACAGGUCGCAUCGAGUACCUCAGAUCAUAUCUUCUUAACCAAUGCAUGACCCGGCUUUCAACAUAUAAUUCAACAAAGAAUCCACCCAAAAUUGACAUGUUUGCAAUUCAUGAUCGACGCAAGCUGAAUCUGACCUGUAUGGCCACCGGCUUUUACCCCAAAGAGAUAAAGAUUGAUAUAACACUGAAUGGAAUUAAACUUGAAUCCUUAUACACUACUGAAGUCACACCAAACCAUGACAACACCUUUCAGAUAAGAACCACUGUGGAGAUCAACAGAGAAGAUAAAGACGGAUUGGAGUGUCAUGUUACUCACAGCAAUCAAACACUUAGAACAAAAUGGGAUGGAAAUUGCAAAAACUGCCCUGAAUCAUCUAGAACACUUGUUAUAGUGUUAGUUACUCUGGCAAUCGUAGCUGCUGCACUUUUCAUUAUCUGGUGUGUCUCCAGAAAGAAGAAAGUGAAAAAUGCAAUAUAGCCUCUGGGACAGAUGAAGAACAUCCAGGUCGGUCAGAGGGGACGCAGCAACCCAAUGGAAGUCUGACCAAUCAAAAGACUGAUACAAAUUGAGGAGGUAAUGAAAUGCAGACUUUACCUGGAUGUCUGGUAGCUUUAGUUGUAACAAAAUUGAUAUUUUGUUCUCCCUCUCACUGAUUCUUUGGAUCUGGGAAAGUGUUUUGAGUUCUGGACAACAAAACUAUUAUAUUUGUAUUGUAUUGUAUUGUAUUUUCAGAUGAUCAAUGAAAACAUUUGUUGUGAUAUCAUUAGGCAAGUCAAUUGAUCAUUUUCCUCAUGUUGUGUUUUAAAACUAUGUUUCAUGGGUUCAGAAAAAACUAAAACAAAAACUAAAGCACAUUUUUAUUGGAACCACAUUCCAGCAUUAAAGCCAUACGUGUGUACUACAUAUUGCCAGACACUAGGUCACUUUUGCUUUAUUUGGGUUUUAUUUGUGAAUGUAUUGCAGUAGAUUUCUUGUUUUGUUUUGUUUUGUUGUCUUCCUGCACUAUGCAGUCAGCCUACCCAGCAAGCAAUAGCCAUUAUUUUAACACCUAGGUUAACUAUAGUCCUGAUAUAAGCUAUUUCUUAAUGUCAAGGAUACUUCCUGGUCCUUAAAAGUCACUUCUUUCAGAGGUUAGGUGAGGCUCCUCUUUAACAUUUGGAGAACACAUAAAUGGAACAGGCUAGCAAGUGCACGUCAUUGCGUCAUUACCUUAGUAAAAAGGUGUGCUUUUGGUGCUGCACGCAUAGGAUUGUGGGUGAUUUCAGAGCGCGAAGGCUACACCUAUGCAUCCUUUCCUGUAUAUGGGAUAUUUCUUGAAUGAAGGACUCAGUCCUUCGCGUGUGCACUUGAAACUAAACUUAAUUACAUUUUUGCUCCAUGUCCCCUUAGGGGCUCCAUAGUUAGGAGACGCAUGUUGUUCCAAAUAAAGUGGGUACUGAACGAUCUUUAAUAAAUCCUGCCUUGAUAAAGUCAUGUUAACCACUGAUUCUUCACAUCUUCAUCCUUUUGUAGUGAAAACAACACAAACUUGCCUUGACAGCUGAAAACACAGUGCCUUCUCGACAUUGUUAACACACUAACUAGCUGAAGGGUCUGUGGGCAGGUCAGAGUUUUCGUUUCUCCCGGGCAAGACUGUAGGCGGAGAUUAUUAUGCAAAGUGACGAAUCAUUUCAGCGAUUCAGAGUUGACUCCAGUAACUUUACUAAUCGUGCACUUUUUGGUUUAACUACUUUAAACGUUGUUUACAUUGAUGGACAGCUACGUGACACACUGCAAUACAAGUAAUUUUUUCGAUUUUGGAUCUGUCUGGCAUUUUAAAUGUCUCUCCUUUCUGUCUACUAACACUUUCCCAUUUGCACCUCUCUCAUCUGCUCGAGCAAGCAAGGCCGUCGGGCACAAAACUCGCGUCCUGUCAAACCACCCAGCCCCACUUCCCUCCUGUAUUUUUUAAUUUCCUAAAUCUCUCAGUAUCUUCAAGACAUGACAGAUUAUAUCUGCCUGAAUUCUUGUCAAGAUAUUUUUAAAACUGUAAUUCUGUCUAUGUAUGCAUAUACCAGGGUCGCACGCCUGUGUGUCGGUCAGCGUAAAGAAAAUCGUUUUUGUUGCUUUUAACAUUUUAACAUCAAGCAAGUCCUGCACUUGAUUUUCUAAUUCCUGCAUGUUUUAAAACCAAAAUUAAUGACUUUUUACUGUCUAAGGCUGCAUUUCAAUUUAUCCAACAACGGGCUAGGCCAGGGGGCAAACAGAAAUUGCGCGUUGCAUUAGUCAAGACGUUAAUAAAAUUAGUGGCGUUAAAAUGAAUUCACAUUAAUGCUAUAUUAAUGUGUUAAUUUUAACAGCCCUCCAUCAUGUAAGCAAAAUCAACAUGAUAAUCAGUUUGGUUUCUGUUUUUGACACAUUUUAUGUGUAGUCAGUGCAUGACAGCCCAAAUUUUGCCUCAUAGCCCUAAACGUCUAGGCUGCGUUAGACAUCUUUUAAAUGCAAAAUUGCUUGCUGGGUUAAUGGCACCAGCUGGAUUGAUGGACAGGAAGACUAUAUGCUAUGCAAUAUUAUCCAUUAUGCAAUAUGCUAUUUUUUUAUCGUACAACUUUGCUGUAUUUUGUGAAUUAAUGUUUUCUUGCACUAUUUUUAUAUUUGUAAUUUUGUAUAUUUUUUUACUACUACAUCCUCUGUGCUUCUGUACCAAAUCACAUCUGAGCUGACAAAAUCAUUCAGGACCCUUUUCACAACCCAGUCCACUACCUCUUUAAACUUCCUCAUUACAGAGCACCCAACACCAGAACAGCAAGUCAUUUCUUUCCUCUACCUCCCGCUGGUUAAAAACAUUUCCAAUAAACACGUAAUAACGCUGAUGACUGGGAAUGCACAAAAAUGUCAUCGUGUAAUAUGCUGCUAUGCUAAUUGUAAUGACGACAGAUUGGGUUGAGAGAGGGCACACUCUGUGAUGUGAGCGACCAGUACGAGAAGACAGUCAAUGUUUGGACUUACUGUUUUAUACUGUUGUUUUGCCCUUGUAUCCGUUCUCUCUGUGUUUAGGAUUAUCUUGUGUGCGCAACAAGAUAUGAUGCUGCUCUCGUGACUCUUAGUUGUCACAAGUGAACACUGUGUACUGUAUACUCGUUUGAGAGGUUGUGAGUUAGGUACGCAGGUCAAUAUGAUAUCCUCAUGAUAUUGACAAAAUAAUUAAGUAGACACUAUAAUAAUAUCACUAAACAUUUCUGUUAUACUUGAAAAAAAAAAAUCAUAUUAAACAUUGUUUGCUUGAGGCAACAUUGUAGCACAAAGGAAAUUUAAAGGAACAGUAUGUAGGAUUGUGGCCAAAACUGAUUGCAAUCACACAACUGGUGGCCAACACACAACAUAAACAUCAGUUGAGGGCUGCAACUCCACUUUUUAAAUGACAAUAUCCUGGCCAGACCACCGUUGUUAGUGAUAUAAGUAUUUGAAAUGAUUUCUUAAUGUCUAGUGAUAUAUUAGGGCCAUUUUAUGAAGAAAAAAAUUAAACAUACUUAUUGAAAACCGAUUUAUCUAGUUUUAAAUGUAUUACAUAUUUCUUAUCUAAUAAAGUAUUACUGAAAAUGUGAAAGAAUAUGGCACCAUGUGAUGUAUGCACAUGUACUAAAGAAGCAGCAAAAUAGAUAAUGUGAACAUUUUGAUUGAACAGUAUUUGAGUUCCCCUUCCUUGAGAUAAGAUUGACCAAUCAACUAGGGUUUUAAAAAAUAUUUGUAUUGUGUUUAUUUUAUUACGUCUUUUUUAAUGAUUUGUACCUUGUCAUUGUGUCUGUGUUGUGCUAGAUUUUGUAACCCAAAUAAAUCUUGUAUGUAUUUGUGAAUGCAGCUGUCAAUAAAAUCAAUUUUCAUACUG